AUGUCUUCAAGUGAAUAUUUUAUCCUUCAUAAGGCUAUACGAUACGUUGUUGGCGUCGCUGCAGCCUCGUUUUUCACCGAAAUACGGGUCAUCGGAGAGGAGAAUGUGCCCAAGGAUGGCCCUAUCAUCGUUGCUGCGACCCACCAUAAUAUGAUACUAGACCCUAUUAUUCUCUCGACAAGUUUUCCGUACAAGCGGAUAUUGCAUUAUUGGAGCAAAGCGAGCCUUUACGCCAACCCGGUCGUUCGAUACAUCCUCCUCUCAACCGGAAACAUCCCUGUCGACCGCAAGUCCAAGGACCGUCAAGUAUUGUUCAAAGGAACCUUUGAAGCGCUAGCCAAGGGUGGUGCUGUAGCGCUGUUCCCUGAAGGAACCAGUUACACGGAGCCACGGAUCAUGCAAGUCAAGGACGGUGCAGCUUGGGCAGCUUUGGAAUACACAAAAUGGCUCAAGGCAAACCUGGGAAAAGCAUCCUCUAGUGAGGUGAAAAUAAUACCUGUAGCAAUCGUGUACACGAACAAGUCCAAAUAUCGGAGUAACGUUAUUGUUGAGUUUGGGCGACCAAUACCAAUGGACGCAUACCUCGAGCAAUUCAACGACCCGACAGAGGGGGAGCCUCGCUUGGCUGCGAAAUCUUUGACGAGGACGCUCGAGAAUGAGCUGAUUGAAUCUACUAUAAAUGCACCCGAUUGGGACACGCUGUACACUGCUCGUAUGGCGCGUGAUUUGAUGUGGACGGACGAAAAAUCCAUCAAUAUGGAUGAGUUUGUGAUCAUAUCUCAGACGCUUGUCGACUUGUUUUCGACUACAGAUGUUACUGCCAAUUUUAUGUCAGUGCAGCGAAACCUGCUUGAAUACUAUUCAUUACUACAAUCGGCCAAUCUCACUAAUUCUGUCCUCUCGCACAUGCCACUGCCCCGGUCAUUAGACCCCAGCGUGCCUACGCCUCUCCCCAGUCGCCUCAUCACCCUCCUCAUACUCUUACGGGAUACGUUAGCUUGCCUUGCGCGCCUGCCAUUCUUCCUUUUCCCUGUUGUAGUUCAUUUACCUGUGUACAUCAUGGGUAGGCUUGGUGCACGUCUGGUCGAGGAUGAGGAAGAGACCCAAGCUCAGAACAAGAUUGUGUUUGGCCUACUUUCCAUGAUGAUGGUUUACCCCGCAGCUUUUUUCUUCUUGUGGGCCUUCCUCUGGUAUUCUUCGGCAGGGGCAUUGGCGGCUGCUGUUAUCGUGUAUCUUUUCGCGCGCUAUCAUAACACGCUAAUUGAUGAUAACUAUGAACACGCGAAACGGCUAUACGCAGCAUGGCGCACGCUCAUUGGUGUCUGGGCUCCAAAGGGCAUGGAUCUCUCCCUCGCUGCUCUAUCCCAGUAUACCACACCCGUUCUUCCGAAAGAGAACCCCUGGAUAGACAAACCAAACAGCUCCACGCCGGAACCUUCCACUACGCCCACCACACCAAGCAACAUUCCAACGGUGCUGCCUGGUCCAUCUGACCUUCUCACAGCAAACGAACCACCUGUCAGAUCGCGCAGGAAGCGUCGCCCUCCUACCCGAAGGAUUAUGCGACAUGUCCUGCGUGCGCGGGUGGAGGCUGUGAAAGCACUCGCCGUGUUCUUUGAACAGCUAGAGCGUGGGAGGACAGGGAAGAAAGUGAAGGCAAGCAGACAUCUAGCGAGUCUAUAUGGGUUUGAGGAGGAUGGAGAAGGAUGGAGAAGCGCUACUGAGGUUGUGAGGUUUUUGAGAGAAAAGGGGGCAAAGAUUCCGUCGGUGUCGUAUGUUCCAACGGAAGAGGACUGGAUGGCGCUGAGUAGCGAUGGAGAAGGGGCCAGCACGCCUGUUGAGGAAUAG